AUGGAGGAAAAAGAGGGAUGCUGUUGUUCAGGUAUACGUUUUUGUGGGCGUUGUAUAGACUCUGAUCGUGUCCAGGCUAUUAUUGGCCAUAAGGUCGCUCUUUUGAAGACGUCUGACGUAGUAUCAAGGCAAUACGGUACGGAGCGCACUUCUUCCUGCUCCUUCACUUGUGUAGGAUCAAGUCAAUAUGGGCUUUGUUGGCAAUGCAAUACGGUUUUCCAGAUCUAUGAUGGAGCCUUUAAAAGUUGUGUGGAUCAUGAAUACGCUACACCAAACCUCGGUAUUUGUCUUGAAGGGAUUUUUGUCAUUCCAGAUUUUGUGUCAGCUUUGGAAGAGGAAAGUUUUGUUAGGUUUCUUGAUGAGCCGUCGUCGUUUUCUGGUUGGAAGCUUUCUCAGAGUGGAAGAAGAAAGCAAAAUUUUGGCCCCAGAGCCAACUUUAAAAAACGAAAACUUAAUACUUCUGGUCUACUUGGUAUGCCUAAACAGCUGGAGAGUGUUAUGAAAAAAGUACAGUUGGUUGUAAGAAAGCUAACUAUGAAGGACUACCAUAUAGCGGAGGUCUCAGCGCUAGAGUAUACAGAUGCAAUGAAGAGUAGUAUUGAUCCUCAUGUUGAUGAUACAUGGCUUUGGGGUGAUCGUAUUGGUGGUUUAAAUCUGUUAGAAGAUACAGUAAUGACUUUUGUAAACAGUAAUGGGGUAGCUGUUGACGUCUUUCUACCUUGUCGUGCAUUCUUUUUGCUAUCCAAUCGUAGUCGCUAUGAUUGGUUGCAUGGUAUUCGUUGGGAAAAUAUUAAAAACCGUCGCAUCUCCUUUACUUUUAGAGAGCUUUCUGAUAAUUUAGAUGUCGAUCAGGAAAUUAUUCAGAAUGUGAUGGAAAGGACCUCCGUCUUUGUAUAA